UCGUUUCAUUUCAACGUGAUUAGAAAGAUACUGCGAAAAUGUAGUCCAUCUCAUUUUAUUCAAUACUUCUUGACAGAAGCUAAAUAACUUUUAGCAUAGAUCAUUAACGGGAAAUAGUGUUCAAUUACUUCUCGCACAGAAAAGCAAAAAUUCGCAUAGGAAAAAUGUGGUGUUCUUGAAUUGAAACCAGCUUCACUGUUUAAUACAAUCGUAUUGCACCGAGCGAAAUCUCGUCUGCAUGUAUUUCUCGACAAUCUUGAAAGCUUUGAAGAUGAUUUACCAGCUAUUUUGGUUCUUAACAACAUGCCUCACAUUUCUGUUCAACGCACUGUGGCUUUGCUGCAAUUUUGCCUCGAUUGGAAUCCCGUGGCUUAUGCUGCUCUUUUUCUUAGUUUGCAUAGCUUCCAAAUUUGUUAAGCUGAAAUGUCCGGCUAGUGAAAUUGUGCAGUCGUUGUUGCACCGAAGUGAAAAACUCGUCGGAUCUGAGGUGCUGUACUGGCCGAUAGUCAGCAGAGGUGGGGCUUUCGAUGCUCCUGAGAACUCUCUCGCAGCCAUAAAUCACUGCUUGUCACAGAAGUGCUACAAUAUACUUCUUGAUCUCAACAUCACAAGCGAUGGACAUCUGAUAGUGCUGAGCCGAACGACUUUGGAGAAAGCUAAUAUAAAUGAACCCAUUCAUAAGUUGAAGUUGAGUGCUCUGGAAAAUUUCAAUAUUUCAGAACAUCAUCCACUAGGGCAACAUUUUCAAUCAGAGAAGAUACUUACGUUUGAGAGGUUGCUUAAACUGUUGGAGACUAAUGAGUUGACCGUGUUUCUGCUAGCAUCACAUACCAAUGCUAAACUGAUAGAGCUUGUUCGAGAGGCCAUUGGAAACAAUUCACUUCUAACGAAACGUAUUGUGUUCUGCUGUUCAUCACCGAUUGCUAUUUAUCAGUUGCGUCAGCUUUGCCCUGAUCUCGUUUGUGGACUAUGGAUGGAAAAGUCGUCACUUUCGACAACCCAGCAAUACCUCAAUGCUUCCACUAUUCUGAUGUCGGUCUAUGGGGCAAUCUUUCGUAACAUAAUAUCUCCAGUUAUCGGAAUCAGCUUGGUGUUCAUUCACAAAGACGAAUUCAAUGCGCAAAUAUCGACAUUAUGGCACAACGUGGGCGUCCGGCCCAUAGUUUACACGAUCAACUCACCGAACGAGAAGCGAUAUUUCCAGCAAGUAACGAAAACUCAAUAUCUGACCGAUUCACUACGCUCAGAACCUCAGGUGAUUUUUCGAGGGAAGCGCAAGUAAUUGAAGGUUCGACUACUGCCUAAGUAGGUAUACAUAGUGGUAAAGCAUCGUCGAGUCAAAAUAGUGUGUGAAAAAAUCACGAGUGCAGCGUGUGAGACGUAGUGUGUAUCAUUCAUUCUAGAGGCCAUCUCGAUAAGCAUUUCUUGGAAGCUUUAUGUAAAGUUUUGUGUUCCUUUUUAAGCAGCUGAUUUUUUUAAAUAGUAUAUUUAUGUUUAAUUGUAAGACCAUUUUACUAUUUAUCGAUGAGAGUCUCGCUGAAGAGAUAUUCAUGUGGAUUAGUUAAGGCUAUACACCUGUGUGAUUGAAAAUAAGAUAUUGUCAUCACCUCUCUUUUUUCUUUUAUCUAACUAGACCGUACUAUACUCAUACGAAUUACGAUUUCGAAUAAAUUUACGAAAAAAUACAGUUUAGGUUUUAUAAAUUUGUUCAGUUUCAGGGAGUUGAAAUCAUGAAAUAUUCGUCUACCCAACAAUGAUCCGAUGAUUUUGUUUUCAAUUUACUUCAAUUUUUAAUCACAAAUCAUCGGAGGGUUCGAUAGAUUUUGUUGGACAUAAAAUUGCUAUUCAACUGAUUUGCUAAUUGACGAAGUUUGAAUGAAGCAACUUAGCAUAACUAUCCGUACUAAAUAAAAAGCUGAAGUAGGGUACACCACCCAGAGAGUGGAUACCAAAAUCAGAAGUAUCAAAACGAUGAGAAGAAGACUGCCAACGUACGGCGUUCGGCACACAUGUCAUCUCCCUCUUUAAUUUACAGUGCAGAAAAUAUAUUGAAAAUAGUAUUCUUUUUCAAGCUGACGUUUACACAUUUGUUUUGUAUCAAAAUAUAUGAAAAAAUAAAGCUGUAAA